UAUUCACCAAAUUAUGAUCUCCGUGAAUCAACAAUCACCGGCGGAUCCAACUGUACCGCUAAUCGAACGGCGAACUCCUUCACGCAAGAUUCCGUCACCAUAUCGUACCGUUCCGACGAAAAGCCGUUUCACAAAAUCACCCAACAAAGUGACCCGAAACAAAACGUUCAUAGCACCGAAUCGGCCGUUGCAAAAUGGUGUCAAUGGCAAAGAACCACCUUCGGAAGUGGUAACCAAAGCUAAAUGUGUUAGUGCGGGCGCGGUGGACGAUCUGAGAGAACAUAAAGAUUGUACCAAUUUGGUUAACAUUUUCCAAGGGGAGGAUAUGAAAUUUUCAGAUGAUUCAGAAACCCUCGAAGAUCUGACUCCACAAUCCGAGUUUCCCGGUACAGGGAGUCACAAAUCUUCUAAAAAGAGAAGUGCGAUUCCGGUGAAAAUCAAGUCUUCCCUUGGUCAACCGAUUCGUUCGCAGCGCAGUAUCAUCAAUGGCAGCGAUUCGAAAACCAUCAAAUUCCUCAUGAAACUCACCACCAAACGGUACUUCGAAACCUUGAAAUACGAAAUUGAUCGCAUCAAGGAGAGUGAUAGGAAAAUUCAAGAUCAAGCUAGUUCACACUCUCACUCGAUCAUGACCUUGAUCAACAGAGGAGUUGAUUUCGAUCGGAAAAUGAACGACUUGAGAGAACAGAUUGCAAGAUUGCUACUUGAAACAAGAGAAAAGGAUCGCUCCCAUCAAGAUACGGUUAAUGCAAUUACUACCGAGUUAAACGAGUUGAAAUCGGUUUGUAAUCUACUCUUGAAAAACAUUGAAAAAGAUCAUGAACUGGAAACUCUAGCGCGGAAGCUACGCAGAUCUAAGAAAUUCGACGCCAAUACGUACAAAAUGCUUAAAAUUCAGCUUCGAAAACCCAAUCAUGGCACGAAUGAAUCCAGGAAUAUGGUGGAAAAAAUAGUUAAGAAAAAAUCAGUCUGUUCCCUACCAUCAAAAGCAAAAAGCGAAAAUAUCAUCGGACAGAAAAAAUCAAGAGGAUCCCGUCGAUCGAUCACGCGAAACAAGAGCGAUUGGUCGUCGUUAUCCAGCAUGUCCUCGGUGUCCACCGGAACGGAUAUGUUGAGCGAUAUCGAAAUGACAUCCGACAAAAAGAGUGGCACUAGUUUAAACUCACAAAAAACGGCACAAUCUUCGAGCAAAAGUUUUACUAUGGGUUUUUUAUUUUAGAUCCGAAUAAAAUGAAGAAUCAAUACCCUAAACUCAAUGAAGGCAAAAACAAGCAAUCAAGUCUGAUGAAAAUUUUCUGCUGUGGUCAACGUUCGAAAUCCAUCAAAGAAGUUAAAGCUGCUUGACGUUUCGCUCAAUUGUGACAUUUAUUUUCUAUUUAUAAAAUAUAACACAACAAACUUUAA